CAAUUAUCUAUCAAUUGCCAGGAAGAGCGUGUGGUUUUACUGGACCUUCAGCAGCUGUUACCAUUCCUUGUGACCUUUUACUAAUAAAUAUAGGACAUCUGCAUUCAAUUUAACAAAUUCACUUCGUUCAAUACGUUCACAGACUGUUUCCUUCUUGAUUUUAUUUGUCUUUUUCUCUCUUUUUAAAAAAAACAACAACAAAAUACUUCGAAUAUUUUUAGAUGAGACUGGUUGAAUCUGAAGUCUCUUACAUAGAUAUUAGUUUGAAGCCUUUCAAACUAAUGUGUAUGUAAUAAUGUAUGUAUAUAUCUAAUAACUGAGAAUUUAGCCAUGUUUUGGGCUGUCUUAGUGUUCAUUACACAGUGAAAAUGAAAACGAAAUGGAAACGAUAUUAUACAUUUACACCAACACCAACCCUUAGUUAAUUUUGAAACCCUGUUCAAGGUGUAUAAGUGUAUAUUGCUUUUCACACCCAUUAUACAUAUCUGCUCUCACACACACAUAUAUUUAACACACAUACAUGCAAGAAGAAAAAUAAUUAUCAGAAAUUCGAAGAAGGAUAUUUUUAUUUGCCAAAGGUUGACACUAAUAUAACAGAAUUAAGUAAUUUGAAAAUGUCAUCACAAGCAGUUUCCCCAGGUUACGUAAUAGAACUUGGUUUCUGGACAAAACUUGAUAUAAUCGCUGGAAUGAUUUUAUUCUUUGUAAUUGUCAUCACUAUUGUUGUCUGUUCUAUAACUCCGAUCUGUCCAUUAUUCAGAUUUUGUCCUUUUAACAAGAAGUUUUUGAAAAACGCAAAAUAUAAAGCUGAUGGUCUCCAAACCAACUAUGGAACUCUCAACACAAAACCAAGCAACAAAAAGAAAGUAUUGCGACCAUACAUCAUGGAUAUUCAGAAAGAGGUAGAGAGUUCCGAUUAUUCUGACUGCAAUUUUGGUGAUCAUAUGGAACUUUCCCUGAGCAAGAUGGAUGAAAAUGAGAAAGAUCCAUCUUCUACAACAGUCAACGGCUCAACUAAAACAACAAAAGUGGGCCGUUUAUCAUAUAAGCUGAAAUAUGAACAAGACCUAAAGAAACUAACCAUCAAAAUCAUUAAAGCAAAUGAUUUGAUGUUAUUGGAACCAAAUUCUUUACCUGUUGACAACUAUGUACGCAUCCGCCUCUAUCGGAGCCAACGAUCUAUUUUUAAUUUCAACCGGCACAAACAGCAUCAAUCAUUUUCAUUUGAUAAACUUGACCUUGAAGUUCAGACAAGAAUUAAACGUAAAACUGAAAAUCCAGUUUUUAAUGAAAAAUUUGCCAUAUUUGUUGAAGAAAAACAUUUGAAAAAUUACAUUAUGAGAUUGCAGAUGUGUGACUUUGACCAUUAUUCUUGUCAUACGGUGAAAGGGGAGACCCAGUCCAAAUUCUGCGAAAUGAAGAUUUUUAAUGGGGAAGAAAAAAGUUUUGAUUGUGAAUUCACUGAACCAAUUGAGGAUUCCCUCGGUGAGGCAUACAUAUGUCUGACGUACUUACCGACAGCUGAAAAACUAUACUUCAAGUUAACACAGAUAACUGGUCUGCCGGUAUUAAGUAAAGAGACAAAUUGUACAGAUGCCUAUGUCCGUGUUGCUUUGAUGAGUGAUGGGAGAGCAAUGAAAAAAACAAAAACUUCCUUAAGAAAUGCAACAAAUGGCAACCCGAUUUUUAACGAGACCUACAUUUUUGAUGUACCAAACAAUCAGCUUGAAAACAUUUAUUUCAUCAUCUCCGUGCUGCACCAUAACAAGAGAGAUGAGAAAUCUGGUUAUUUAAUUGGCCGUAUCUAUGUUGGAGCAAAAUUUGAUAAAAAAUCUAAAUAUCAUUGGGAAGAAAUGGUGAGACAUUCACGGAAAGAAAUUGGUACCUGGUACAAAAUAAAGGGCUAGAGCUAAAAUUUACACAAACACUCAUGCUUACACACACACACACACACACACACAUACACACAUAUCCUCACAUUCAUACACACAUAUUCAUAUAUAUUUCUAUGUAGCCAUAUCUAUCUGUCUAUAUAGAUAUAUA